GGAAAGGGAACUUUAUUCUCCUCAUGAUCAUCCUGCCGGGAUAUCGAUGCGUCUGCUCGCCAGCAUCCACAAGUUGUUUUUCUUGUUGGUCGUUGCACUGGCAACUCAGCCCACGUUGUCCUUCAACGUUGCCUCAAAACGUUACUUUAACGUACCUCAGCGUGCCUGCACAGUGCAAACUACCUUCGAAUCUUUCACCUUUCCCAUUUUCUAUCAGUUGCCAAACAUUCCGCAUGAUUUCAGCUUGUCACUUGGCGCAAGCGUAAGUGAGUAGCUACUUCGUUACAAUAGUAACGUAACAAUAAACGCGUUGACUAAAGUUAGACCUUUCGAAUAUACUGCAAAAUACACUAUGUUAAGCAAACACCACGAUGGAACCUCAACCAAAUUUCUCCUCCCCGCAGACCGUUCGGCAAGUAUUUCCCUACCCAAUACUGGUAGUUGAUACAUGUACAGACUCCUGGAAUAUAAUCGAAUUCAUGCUAGUGUCUGCAUCGAAGUCAGCCAUAACUUUUGCGUGAUAUUCUCGAACGCCAAGGAUAAGGCGUGGUCCCAGCACAAACAUCUGUACUCUCCAUAAAAUUUGGCAAGCGCCAAUGAGUACCUGAGCUCCG